AUGUCGGCGACACAGCAACUACAUACUUCGCUACUGCGCGCCCCCAUACUCCAUAUUCUGCGGGCUCAAGGCUUCCACUCGACGCGACCUUCGGUCCUGGACACUCUUGUGAACCUCACCGAGCGCUACCUCAUGCUCCUUGCCGAGACGACCAGAGACCAUGCUCUAUUAAAUCACAAUGACCCCAUCCCGACCGUCACCGAUGUCCGACUGGCUUUGACCGACUGCGGCACCCUCACACCCGUCCUCACAGCCGCCGAGCAAGACUGGCUAGAAAAGUUCAGACGUCCGCUAGAAGACUUCGACGACCUCAAGCACGGCGACAUCAGAAGAGAAGGAGAGUCACGGCGACGCGAUGAACAAGACACUCAGGACGUUCGCGACUUCAUAAAAUGGAUUGUUGGCGACCAGAACCGGGAAAUCCGUCGCAUUGCUGGUGUCUUACCCGAGUCUGGUCCUGGAGGCACUGUCAAUGGUGAAGACUACUUGACCGUCUUGAAGAAAAAGCACAGCAAGACGGGAGAGGAGUCGAGGUUCCAGGGUACGGUGCUCGGAAAGCCGGCCGAAGACAGACCCAUCAAGAUCGAGGGAGGCCCAGUUGAGACUCUGACAGAGUGGAACAAUCUCAUGCACGAUCACUCUGAGCACCAAUUCCCUACAACAAAGGACGCGGCCGAAAGCCCACACGAAGCUGAGAUUGACGAACAACAACUACUGAUGGAUGUGUCUUGA